GGUGAAUCUUGGAUGCAGAGUGGGCCUGUCAGUCAGACACCCCACACGCCACAACGGCUGCUAACGUCAUGGGCUGGAUGCUAAUUUCUUCGUGGCCUGGCACCGAGAGGAGCAUGGCGUGAGUGGCUUCGAUAUGCCAUGUCGCUGGUUAUAUUAAGAAUAUGGCGUGUGACGUCAAUAGGUGCAUGCCGAUGAUAAACAGCCUGUAUCGCCGAAAUUCGCUCACUGUUGCAUUAUACCCAUUUGUAUACUGGAAAGAAUCAACCGAGAACGAUACAUCUGACUGCUUGAAGAGACAGCAGGCACGCUAUUACAAACUGAUCCAAAGCGAAAAUAAAAACGGAAAUUAAAGACAACAGAAACAAUGCCCCCCAUGCACGAGCGCAUCAUAAACGACUUGAUCCUCAAAGAGCGCCAACUAUGGACCGCUCUCACUUCCGCAGACCCUGCCCACGCUGUCAACAAGCUCUGUAGCCCGACAGCCAACUUCCUCUUCCCCAACAAAGACAUCCUAGCGCUGAACGGAGAUGAGAGUGGGAAGGCAGAUAAGAAGAACGAGGAGAAGCUGCAAGAAGUCUUGGCGCCGCCGUUCCAUCGAUUCGACGAUUUCUCGCUAAUGGAUGUCCGGACGAUGGUUAUUGAUUUGAUGGCUGGUUCGUUGACCUAUAGGGUUAGUGCGUAUAGAGGGAAGAAGGAGUAUAAUGCCACGGGUAGCACGACGUGGGCGCAGGGAAGUGAUGGGGAGUGGAGGGUAGUCGUACACCAGGAAACCCUUCUAUGAUUUUACAAUGGCCUUUUGAAUCGGAGAAGUGGGGAACACUGGAUUGGAAAUGGAGAGGUUCUGCUUUCUUAUUGUAUUGGCUGCGAAGUUUGUUUGAAUAGCCUAUUUAAUGAAGUAAUUUGAAAUUUGCUUGCCCCAUACCUGGCUCUGUAUUCAGCAUCAGAGAUUUAAAUUUCCUGCAUAUCAAUAUCUCCUUUUUUGCCAAGUUGGCAUACAACAUAGCCAAA